AUGAACUUGACAUUUGUUGUAACUACUGCUAGUGGGACUACUUUCUUACCACAAAAGCUGUCUAAGGUGACUCCAUUCUCCUCCAAUAAGAUGCCAGAAAUCUUGAACCAAUUUGCUAUUAGUCCAAACUCAGAAGAAGCUGAAAUUAUCAAUGAAAUCAUCAUCGAUUGUGAAGAACCAGCUAUUGAAAAUGAAGAAAAGUACUGUGCAACUUCAUUGGAAUCAAUGGUUGAGUACGUUACUUCCAAAUUCGGCAAAAAUGUUAAUGUAUUGACCACGGAAAUUUCCAGUGAUAAAGCGCAGAGAACGGGAUCGAAGAAGCAACAAUAUGUAGUAAGCUCGGGAGUAAGGAAAAUAGUUAGUGAUAACUUGGUUGCGUGCCAUAGCCUGCCUUACCCGUACGCAGUUUUCUUCUGCCAUGCAACUUCAGCACAUACAACACAAGCUUAUGUGGUCCCUUUGGUCGGUGCGGAUGGGACGAAAAUCAAAGCCACGACCGUUUGUCACAAAGAAACCUCAAAAUGGGACCCUGACCAUGUAGCUUUCCAAGUCCUCAAGGUUAAGCCUGGUACUAUUGUUCCAAUUUGUCACUUCCUUGGGGAAGAUAAUAUCGUCUGGGCCGGCAAGAAUGAAGAAAAUUGAAGGGUUGUAUUUGCUGUUUGAUCUGGUUCUU